ACCUAUUCAAAGGAUAGGCGGAACCGAGGUGGAAUGGAUAUUUAUUCGGGUCGAGAGACAAACCCAAAUUAAACCCAGCUUCUCAAUACAACAUACAUCCCGGCAACACCAGUGAACGUGAAAGCAUAAAUUUUGAUUCAUUUCUCUCCAUUUUAUUCAGCUCUUGAUUGUUUAAUAUUGUAAAAGAGAUAAAUGUCGAAGCUUUUUUCAAGACUUGCUGGGUUUUUCAGCGGCCGGAGUUUGGCGGGUAUGGACAAAGCAGGGAACCGCUACUUCACUAGAACCGAAGAGCUUGAUGGAAUCAUGAAAGAGAAAAGAUGGGUGGUGUUUAAAGGAGAACAAGAUCCAACCUCAAUUCCAGUUGAAUGGAUAUGUUGGCUGAAUGGGCAGCGUAAAAAAGCUCCAACACCAGAGGAAAUGGCUGAUCUGGAAGCAAGGCGUGAACGUGUUAAGCUUAAUGUUGCUCUUCUCAAGAAAGAAGAAGAGGAAAAGAGAGCCAGAGAAGGCAGUAUUCCCAGAGGCACAAGCAUUGGUAAAAUUGGAGGUCCAGACUUGAAAAGUUUCAUCAAGCAAUUUCCAACUGCAUCAGAAGUUCUGCCUUUGAUACUGAAAAUGCUUAUUUUUUAUUUCGUUGUUCUUGAAGGUGAAAGGCGUACAGAAGCUUCUGAUUCAAAGGAUGGUGAAAGGACUAAAGAAACAGAAGCAGAAAAAGCAAGACCCGUUCCAGAGUCUUCGGAACCAACAGGAACAGGCGCAUCCUACAGACCAGGGAUAUGGCAACCACCGACAUGAUGACUCUCACAUGACAUUACAAGAGGUUUCAUUACUAUUAUUUUUUCUGGUCCUCACCCUUGAUGAUUCUGAUUGUCAUCCAAUCAUCAUAACCAGACUCGACUUUAUUGAUGAAACACGUCAUUAAUCGACGAGGCUUUUGUUGCAGCACCCGAAAAAACACAUUCGUUUUCACAUAAAUGUUGUUUGAUCUUCACCUCAAAAAGGGGUAAAGAAUUGUUGGAAUAAGGCUUCUGAAAAUUUUCGGUGUGUGACUCGUGCUACACACGUAUGCAAAAGUCAUACAUGGAAUUCAUGUUAUCAAUGUAUAAUUUUGAGUAUCGCAUGAAGAAUA